AUCUUGAUCGGAGUGCAAGGGAGGAAGUGGCGCGUCGCUCGGCAGAAGUGCAGGGUGAAGAAGAAGGUGUGUAAUCGGUUCCUUGCGUCCGAGGAACGCUUUGCACGCUCGUGAAACGGUGACACGGAGGGGGUUUUACAUGCGUCAUCGUCGUGCGGGUACAAAUCGUACGCGACGAAUCGUUUCGACGGCAGUACACGUGCGUAACGACAAGCUCGAUCGGUCCUGCGGAACACGGGGCUACGAUCCUGUCCCAAGGACGCUCGGUGAUAAAUGCGCCACCGGAGAUGACGCCCUACGUGUUCUCCAAAAUGGUCACCCGGCUGCUGCUCCUCCUGGUGUGCAUCGUCGCCGCGUGCAACGGUGUGCCAGUGACAGAGGAGCCCGAAGAAAUCACCACGGUUAAGCCCGCCAGUAGCAAUUCGACUGUCACCGGUGAUCCUGAGAUUCAGGGUCACUCGAUGGACGACAUUCUGCCGGGAACGAAGGCACCGCCGACUCCGGUGACAUUCGUCGACGUUCCAGAGCACACAGAAACAGAACUCGGCUCGUCGGUACUUCUGGCAUGCAGAACCGCUAAUCCUGUGGCCGAGUGCCAAUGGUCCUGGCAGCCAUUACCGCCAGUUCAUCUGCCGCUUCCGGACAUCAGCGAGAACCCCUCGAGUUCGACGACCACCACGGUCCCGGUGAUUCAGACGACAACUACGCCGACUACCAAUCCGUUGCCGGUACGACAAUUUCCUGCCUUCGGGAACAAUAGCAACGACUGUUCCGUAAGAUUCUCGAGUACGAAGCACGAGCAGACCGGAUACUGGACCUGCGCCGCGAGAACUUCCACGAAUGAUCCUUUCACCAGCACAGAACCUGCCAAGCUGAGCAUCGUCAAUGAGAAUCAGGGCGUCCUGAUAGCGUUCGCAAAGUACGAUAACGUGGUCGAGGUACCAGCAGGAUCCUCGGCGCAAAUCAUGUGCCAGAUGAGGUCACCCGUCCGUGAGUGUCAAUGGUCUUGGCGACAGUUGAACCAAUCGCAACCAUGGAAUCUCGAGGUGAAACGAUUCCCGGCUUUCGGCAACGACAGCACGGACUGCAGCAUCAAGUUCAAGAACGUGUUGCCGGAACAAGAAGGAUACUGGACGUGCGGCGCCAGGAUCGAUCCAAACUCGUCCUUCACGCAGUCGAAUCCCAUUCGAUUCCUAAUAUCGGAAGUCGAGUUUGUCCAACUGUCCAGAGGGAUACAAGUGGCACCCGGAGAGUCAGUGCUGCUCAGAUGUCUGGUGAACAAGCCAGUGGUCCAAUGCGAGUGGUCCUGGAAGGCUUCGAACUCCAGCCACGAGCCCUCGCUAAUGAGGAAGUUCAAUCCGAACAAAGAAGCCGACCACGACUGUUCCGUACGUUUCAAGAAUAUCGUGUACGAGGAAGAAGGCCUGUGGACCUGCGGCGUUCGAUUAUCACCGGAAGGAAUCCUUCACGGGGCGCCACCUGCGACUGUCAGCCUCUUGCCCACAGCCAAAGUCAGCUUCGUUGAAAUGCCGACGGACACUUCCGCGCCGAUUGGUACGGAGGCCUCGUUGAAAUGCAUAACGAGCAGCCGCGUCGAGAAAUGUACGUGGACCUGGAAACCGCUUCACGGAAACGAUCCAGAAGUCGUCGCUCAGGAAUUCCCGAGCAACGGCGACCUUGGUAGAGAUUGCUCGCUCACUCUCCCGCGCGUGUACGCCGAAAAACAGGGUCAGUGGGCCUGCCAGGUGUCGAUCAGUUCUCUCAACACGGUGCUGUCCUCUCCCUACGUGAAGCUCACCGUCUUCGAGCAAGACGAGGUCAAGUUCUCGGAGCUCUCGCAGGACAUCCAGAUAUCAUCCGGCGGAACCGUUCUCCUUCGCUGCGUGACCUCGUCGGCGGUGGAACAGUGCCGAUGGUCCCUAACGCCGGUGAACUCGAACACCACGGUGGUGGUGAAGCAGUUCCUGCCGAACGGAACCGAGGCCAGGGACUGCAGCGUCCGAUUGAGCCACGCUCUAGCUGAACAGGAAGGACUCUGGACCUGCGGCGCAAGGAUACGCGGCAGACAGAACUACACGGACGCGCCGCCGGCCAAGCUGAGCCUCCUGGAACCAGAACCAGUGACUAUCGCGGUGUGGGCUGUACCUCAUCAAUUGGUCACGCUAACGUGCAAAGUGGAAACUGUGCUAUCAGCAGUGCAAUGCCACUGGAUCCACGCCCCGAAGAUCCAUAUCUAUCAAAACAUGACCGGGAGCAGGAGGCAUAAUAUUCAAAUGAACUAUGGUACAGGUAUAUGUACAUUAGAAUUUAAACCAGACCAUUCGGAUCUGGGGCAGUGGAUGUGCAAAUUCACAGUGGCUAAUGAAUAUAGCGAUGAAGAGUUAGGCAGCGCGUCUGUUGUUCUGUUGAAUAGCUUAAGCGACGAAAAGCUAGGAUGGAUAGUAGGCGCUUUGACGGCUGUGAUUUUGUUCCUAAUGAUUAUUGUGGUUGUUUUGGUAGUCUGUAAGGCGCGUCUAUUUGUCCGGAAGUCAUCACACGUUUUGGAAACCUUACCGUCAUCAGAAAAGAAACAAAUUUCACGACUGAAUACGGAACGGUAUUCCACAAAUCGAACGAAACCUCCAGAUAUACGAAUCACUGAUAAUGAAUCGAAUUGUCAAAAUAUAUUGAGUAUCGAUAAUAUUAUACCGAACAGAAGUCCACAUUUCUAUGAAAGGGUUACUAAAUAUAGAAACCCGUCUAAAGUGUAUGAGAAUAUACAUAUGUAAAUGAUUUUCAUGUAAUAAAGAAUCGAAAAUGUAUUACUAUGUAAACAAUGUUUUAAUA